UAGAAAAGCGCUGUAGUAAGUAAAAUUUCGUAUCUGAACGUCUCGCAAAGAGAAGUAAAAGAAAACGUACUUUUUGGUAUGACUUCAUAACGUGUUGUAUGAAGACAUUUGACAGGCGACAGGUACUUUGUAACCAAGCCUUAUAGCCACUAGUCUAAAACAAAGAGGAGAAAUGUUAAGAGGAUUUGUUGACAAAUAUAAAAGCUUAUUGGUUCGAAUGUCUGAGAGAGACCUGGGUCCAAUUUCACCACAGGCGACCCGAUUGAGAUGAAAUGUUCAAGACGGUAAUACUGUCCCCCCGCCGGGGCCCGCGAAAUAUCUCCUACCAUUCGUACAGACCAAGACUUUUGUUUGCAAAAUCCAGCGUAGCAGUAUUCUUAUCCAUAGUGCUCUUCCUCGCCUGGUGCAACUGGAGUCGCUAUGGGGUGCCUGUGGUGGAGGGGGAGCUUGGUACGAAGGAGCGGUUUGAGUUGUUGUGGUGUAGGAUGCAGCGUGCGAGAGUGGACUGGAAAGCUGUGGUUGCGCCGUGUGAAGGGAACACGCAAUGGGGUCACGUGACCGAUAGAUGGCGAGGGGAGGAACCUACAAGCGCGACGACGAGUUAUAUAUCAUAUUGGGACAUGCAACCCGCGGGAGAAUUCAGCCGUUUCUUUAUCCAAUCACAAACCGCGGAAGGCACUGCCAAGACCGUGGGGGGCGAUGAGUGGAGGGUGCAUUUGAUUGGUCCAGCCUACCUUGCGCCGACCGUAAUGGAUCACGGGAAUGGCUCGUAUGAGGUGCUUUUCCUCGCAAUGGAACACGGGACAUACCAAGCAAAAAUAGUACUGGAUUACUCGUUGUGUAACGGUAUACGGGAUCCGCCGCGGGACUGGUUCAUAAUAGGAAAUAUGCAGGGCAAAGGGCAAAGACAUCCUGGGGUGGAAAGAAAUCGCGAUUACAUCAUGGAUCAACUAUGGAACGGGACCCCUGUGGAUAUCCGUAUUCCACCAUCAACAAACGGUAUGAAGCAUUGGCACGAACAUGGCCUCUAUACGAAGUUUACUAGAAGGAACAUGUGCGGAGAGGUCUGCAAUGCAUUAUGGGAUGGCUAUGGACGAUGGAUAGACAACAAAUGGAGACCAUACGUCAUCAACACGCCCAAGUACCGCGAACCCCACCUGAUACGCGAAGGAACUCUCUGCAUAUAUGGUGACUCGCUCGGGAUGUUCUUCGCUGACUCACUCUACCAUAGACCCAUCUGCAAACGCGCUUUCAAACACUGCACCAAAAACUACAACUGGAUCUACCCAGUUCUUAACUUCACUAUCGACAGGAGCAAGGACGAUGACUUGGAUUUUAACCAGACGCGUGUUUUGACCGCUGUGGAGUCUUUGCUACGAAGCAGAGAAAUGGACCAUAAAAGCGUCAUUGUAUUCAACUUUGGUCUGCAUUACGUCGAGAGUGUAAACUUCACAACAUAUAUGAAGUUGGUAGAUAGCUUGGUGGAAGUGUUUAAGAUGCAUGGACACAGUGGUUUCGGUGAGAAGAGUGAUACGACUAGAGGUAAACCACGAGUUAUCUGGAAAACAACCACAGCGAUAAACAAGCAGAGAGCCUCCGUACGGCAUCUUGGAAGUAGACGCUUUCUCACUUACCAGCGUGUGUUGUUGUUUAACGCGUUUGCCACUUCCGCAAUGUGCUCCGCUGGCAUCGAAGUGAUUGACGUCUACCCUGUGUCAGAUUCAUACCCAUGGGGGACUGGGACCCACGCUAGCCUAAAGCCAGCUGAAAAUGACGUGGUGCACUAUAGCAACCAGGCCUUCAAGCCGGCAGAGGACUUGCUUGAAAAUAUGUUUUUGGCGUGACAAUAUAGUUGCAUUGUGUGAAGGCAUGACAACAUAAGUGAUAUGCAUAUAUGACAAGAUAGAUGGCGGGCUAGGUUGCGUGACAAUACUGGAUUGUGGAUGAUGUAACAUGACUGGAUGACGUGCAAUACAGAAUUGGCAUCAAUAGGAAUGGCGUGACAUCAUGGUUCUCAUGGCAAUAACGAUUGCGUGACAAUAACGGAUUUUGUGACAAUGCAGAAGGCGUGAGAAAACUGUGAUGGCGUGAUGUAUAGCACCGUGCAAACAGCUUUAGCAUUUUUGGUGAGACACUAACCAGCAUGCAAUGCUGGCGCUGUUUGAACACCUCUUGAUGGCCACAUGGCCAGCAUUUUGGUUAGUUAAUUUACUCGUGACAACUGUUUGAUACUUGACGAAGCGAGCGGCACGCAGUAGAUCCAAAAGGGCGGGGGGAUGCGAGGCAAGGCUUUUAAAAAAGGGGGGCAGGAUUCAUUGUUCUUCCAUGGGUUUCCUUAUAUUUCUAAGCCAAAUAUCUGAAAAUAGGAGGGGGGCUCAUCACUAGAUCCGCCACUGACACGUGCGAUGGUGUUCUACUUGAAUCUUUUCCCAAAUACACUUUUCGACUACAAA